AUGCUUUUAGGAGUUUCCACAUUGUACGAUCUUGUAAUUGUUAAAACAAAUAAAGAAAAGCCUCUUAGCUCAGACCAAAUCGGAAACAAUAUAAUUGAGCUUCAAAGAAAACUCAAAAGAGAUACAACCCUCUUAUAUCAACAUUUAUAUUCUGGUGUAAAAGCAAUAUCUAUUGAGGCAUUGUCUUGGAAAGAUCCUAUGGCCAGUCAAGUCAUUAGUGACGAAUCGAAGCUCGUAAAGGAAUUACCGGAAAAUUUUAAAAAAGAGUUUAUGAAAGAAUCGAAAGAAGAUAUCAAAUGUGUGGUCAAAGAAAUUCUUAAUGUUUUGAAAGAUAUUUGGAAUAAUUCAGCAUUUGAUCCCAAACUCCAAAGUAUUGCAAGUUCUAAUAGAAUGGAAGAAGGUUACAUGGAAAGACAUCCAGAUAUUAUGCUUACUGACAAUGAGAUUAAGUUAUGGCAAGAAACUAAUGGCGAACUAUAUUGGAUACGCCAAAGUCUUAAACUAGAUAAAAAUCAGUUUGGUAUUGUAGGUAUGCAAGUAGCAGAUAAUGUAUUGCACUUGAAUUUUCUAGUACGAAAUAUGGUUAAUGUUCACCAAUAUUACCAUUUACAAUCUGCUGAGAUUCCUGUACAAUUUUUGGAUGAAGCUGUUGUAACUAAAUUUAUAGAAACUUUGUUACUUUUACAUAAUAUAAUAAUUACAAAUUUAUCUUUACUAUAUAACGCACCUACUGUCACAUCGCAAAGGCAAAUGGAAGAUAGUACCACAGUUUCUACUUCACGAGACGAUAACUAG